CUACCGGUUACGACAAUUGUAACUUAUCUUCUUAUAUAGAUGUUGGUGCCUGCAUCUCGAGUUGAUUUGGCCCUCACGCCUGAACAGCAUCCGUUAGGAUAAUUGGGCUGGUCUCUAAGGGGAUCCUUUGAUUUCAAGUCUCUUUCUCUUAUUUCUCUCUACCCUAGCCUUAUUGUUCCUCUCUCUCUCUCUCUUUAUCUAUUUAUUUCAUUACGAUCUUUGCCCAACUAAGAUCAAAUAGUGAGAAGCAAGAAAAGAACCCAGUCGGUUCGACAGUCUACGACUGAUAAAAAUGUUUUGAUCACAUUAAAUCGAGCUUGAUAUUUGCUCUUCGGCCAAGGCACCUCACUUCAUCAUAAUGCGGGGCAUUUACUUGUUGUUCGCAACGUUGAUGUCGUUUCUACUCUCUUCCGCCCAAACAUUAGUUGCUAUAAAUGAUUUCUCAUUAUCGGAAGCAUCGCCUUCAGAAUCUCCUAGCACAAUAAAACCAGAAACAUCCACGACCUCGAGGAAGGAUGAAUCGUCAUUCACAUCGUUAUCAGUCACAUCGAUGAUUACGAACACAAUCGCUAUAUCUUCUAUCCUAUCAGCCGCUUCCACAUCAGGAGCAGAUAAUCUCCCCGGAAAUGGGGAAGCCACAUCAACAGCCGCAACGAGCGCUCCUUUUUCGAGUUCUACGGCCGGAUCAUCAGCAAGCUCUGGCAUAAGCCGCAACACCCUGAUCAUCAUCCUUGCUUCCGUCUUGGGUACGUUAGGUAUCAUUUUAGUCUCAAUCGCUAUCUAUCUUUUCAUUCGUUAUCGGAGAAAUCGAAGUUUUACCGGAAGAGGAGUGACACCGAUAGACGACGAGGAGAUUGAAUCGUGGCGGCGCUCGGGAAAUGAGAGAAAAGUGUUUAUGGGUGAGGACCUAGUAAUCGAUAAAGAGACGGGAGGUCGAGAUUAUACACAAUCCAAUACGAUACAAAUGACACAUUCGCCGGGAUGGACGUGGACAGCCUCUCCUACCUCUUCUCGAACACGAUCCCCCUUUUAUCCUUCAGGCGUCUCAAGCUAUAUACCCGAUAGCCCUACUUUCCUCGCCCAGGCACCAAAUGCUAGAAUCGGUCUGACAGACGAAGUAGUGCCUGGCGCGGAACCAUUCAUAAAACCAGUCGAACGACAUAGAUCACGGCUAUCGAAGUCGGGAGGUCAUUCACGCACGAAGAGCAGGAGAAGUAGUGUGAGUGGGAGGAGCAUGUGGAGUGUCAAAAGUGGCAAUGGAGGCGAAUCAAAGGAAUUGAGAGCCAACGACAGGGUAGCGACAUGGUAUGAUCCAGAAGACGACUUUCGAAUCCACGGAGAUUACAACCAUAGAGACUACAACGAUUCAUCGGACAUGUCCUUUCAAGCAAUGGCAUCAGGCCCUGGGGCUCUAGCACCAAUCACACCAUUAUCACCAAGGCCACCACCCCGAGUUGCGUAUCCAUCUUUCUGGGAUAGCGAUCGGGAAAUUGGGUUGGCUAUCUCAUAGUCUCAGGCCUGGAAGUUGGUCUUUUUUCUAUUUGCAUUAUUUGGGUUUGGAGAGGCAGGCGGAGUUUGUUUUAUAAAUGAUGGAGGACUACAAUUGAUACCAAGGAGGUUUUGUUCAUAUUGGUGGAGUCUGAAAGCUUACAGAGGAAAGGAUGUCGAUCUGGUGCAAUAUCAUUGGCACAUGUGUUUUGAGGGAUUUGAAAUUCACCACUCGAUAGGAGGCUUAGUUAUGAUACAGAUAGUCUCUUGACUGAAGCAAUAAAUGAGAUACACAGCAUCAUGAAUUAGUAUGCGGAUAUGAUCUAAUGUAAAAUAAAUAUACAAAUGAGCUUCGACCUCAAUC